UCCUAACAACAUGCAAAAUAAAACCAUGGCUAAUUCAAGAAUCUACUGUCUCUCUUUCUUGGCAAUUCUAGCAGCUAUCCAAGGAAUCCAUGCAGUGGACUACACAAUAACCAACACUGCUUCAAAUACUCCUGGUGGUGCUCGAUUCGCUAGGGAAAUUGGAGUUCAGUACACCACCGAAACACUCUAUCUAUCUAAACGCUUCAUAUGGAGAACCUUCCAACAGUUCAGUUCUCCGGCUGACCGGAAAAAUGUUCAGAGAGUAAGUUUAUUCAUUGAUGAUAUGGACGGAGUUGCGUAUGCCAUCAACAACGAGAUUCACGUCAGUGCAAGAUACAUACAGGGUUACUCCGGUGAUGUGAGAAGAGAGAUCACUGGAGUUCUGUAUCAUGAAAUGACUCACAUCUGGCAAUGGAAUGGAAAUGGUCAAGCUCCUGGAGGACUCAUAGAAGGUAUAGCUGAUUAUGUGAGGCUCAAGGCUGGCUAUGCACCAAGUCAUUGGGUGAAACCCGGGCAAGGAGACAAGUGGGAUCAAGGUUACGACGUGACUGCAUACUUCUUGGAUUACUGUAACAGUCUCAAAACUGGGGUCGUAGCACAACUUAACAAGAAGAUGAGAGAUGGUUACAGUGAUAAUUUCUUUGUUGAGCUUCUGGGCAAGACUGUGGAUCAGCUCUGGACGGACUACAAAGCUAAAUAUAAUAACUAAGUGGACUGCAAACCUAGAUAUAAUUGAAUAAAUGGGCACAGUAUUGCCUGUAAUUAUAUAAAGAAUAAACUCAAGUCCUUGUGCUAAGAGUGUAUUGCCAACAAAAAAGAAUAGUACUGUGUUAAACUUUCUCUACAA